CUGAUCUUAGGCUAAACUCUUUCUGGGAAACUCGCGAUUCCCACGUCAGACUGCAUUGUCCAAUCAAAUCUUUCUAUUUUUGGUACCUGGAUACAAAGAAUCAUAUUUAAACAGGUCACUCCCUCUCAUAUCUAUAUCAAUAUCAACUUCACAUAUCAAAUCUCCAAUUGCAUUACUCAAAAUGACCUCCCCAAUCAAACUCUACGGCCACAUCGGCCCCAACCCCCUCAAAGUCAUGAUCGUCCUCAACCUCCUCAACAUCCCCUACGAAGUCGAAGAAGUCCCCUUCUCCGACGUAAAGAAACCAGAAUACACAGCCGUCAACCCCAACGGCCGUAUCCCCUCUAUCCACGAUCCCAAUACCGGCCUCACCCUCUGGGAGUCCGGCGCGAUUAUCGAAUACCUCGUCGACAAGUACGACACGGACAACAAGCUCAGCUUCGCCAACGGGUCGCCCGAGUUCUACCAGGCAAAGCAAUGGCUUCACUUCCAAAUGUCCGGACAGGGCCCGUACUACGGACAGGUGUUUUGGUUUUCCAGGUACCACUCGGAGAAGGUCCCGAGUGCGGUUGAGCGGUACACGAAGGAGAUCAACCGGGUGACCGGGGUGUUGGAGGGACAUUUGAAGAGUCAGAAGGAGAAGACGGGCAGUGCGUGGUUGGUUGGGGAUAGUCUGUCGUAUGUGGAUUUGGCGUUUAUUCCGUGGCAGUUGGGGGUUGCGAGGAUGUUGGAGAAGGCGGAUUAUGAUCAGGAUGCGUACCCGCAUGUCAAGGAGUGGAUAGAGAGUAUGACGGCCAAGGAGGAGGUGAGCCAGGCGAUUGCGGCUGUUUAUAAGUAGAUCGUGAUCUAUGGCUGAGAGAUUGUGUAUAUAUUAUUGCAUGCUUAAUACAUGAGGAUAAUAUAUCCGACUGGAUCUCUAAUCUAUGUAGAACCCGAUCAGGUAAUGAUCGCCUUAUACAAUGUGCGUAAACAGUGGCAAUUUGUGUCUUUAUGCUGUCUCAGAUGGUCAGUUCUGAUUGGCCAAUAUAUCUAGAUUGACCAAUCAAGUACUUUAGCCCUGCUUAUAUAAAGGCACGCUAUGACACACCGUGGCAUCCUUUAACGGUUAGCAUCAUGCCAUGGAUGUCAGAUU